AAGCUGAGACUGCAGAGCUUUUCCACGUCAGUGUGUUUACCAAGACCAGAUUGACAGCUGCAGGAAGGUGUUCAGUUUAUUCACUUAUGGAGCGUUUUUUUGAACAGUGAAUUAAUAAAAGGUGUUUUGGAAUAUUACGUUAUCGCGCACUGGAAUGUCCGACAUUUUUGGUUUGUUUUUUUGUCGUUGUGAACUGAACUUUGGGCUUCUUCAUUCACUGUUGGCUGGCUAGCCUGCUAGCUUGCUGAGCUGAGCUAGUAUUAGCUGCAGCAGGACUCCGUCUUUGAAAUAACAGCCACAUACAGGAAAGCACUAUGGUUGACAAGAAAAUCUACAUCGUCCAGGGUGAAAUUGGUACUGUUGUUGGAGCUAUCAAGAGGAACUCCAGAUGGAAUACUCACACUCCACUGGAUGAAGAACAGGACCCGCUACUUAACAGCUUUGGCCACCUGAAGGAAGUACUCAACAAUAUAAAAGAGCUGUCAGAUGUUGAACCCAACAUUUUCCUGAGACCCUUCCUAGAAGUGGUCCGCUCUGAGGACACCACGGGACCAAUCACAGGCCUUGCCCUCACCUCUGUCAAUAAGUUCCUUUCCUAUGGUCUUAUAGAUGCUAACCAUGAAGCAGCAGCAGAGGCCAUUGAGAACAUGGCCGAUGCGGUCACGCACGCUAGAUUUGUAGGAACGGACCCUGCCAGUGAUGAAGUUGUCCUUAUGAAGAUUCUUCAGGUCCUGAGGACUCUGCUGCUGACGCCAGUUGGAGCCCACCUGACCAACGAGUCUGUUUGUGAGAUCAUGCAGUCCUGCUUCAGGAUCUGCUUCGAGAUGCGUCUAAGUGAGUUACUCAGGAAGUCAGCUGAACAUACACUGGUCGAUAUGGUGCAGCUACUGUUUUCCAGACUGCCACAGUUCAAAGAGGAGGCAAAGAGUUAUGUGGGUGCCAACAUGAAGAAGUUGAAGAUGCGUGCUGGUGGGAUGAGUGAGUCAUCCAAAUGGAAGAAGCAGAAACGCUCUCCAAGGCCGCCCCGCCACAUAGUCCGCAGUCCCUCGGGUCAGAUGGAUCCAAGCCAAUCCAACACCCUCAGCAACAACAACCUUUCAGGUGGUGUCCCAUUCAUUGAGCAAGGCUUGUCCAACUCUUUACCAUCUUCAGACAGCGCUGGUUCAUCCAUUUGUAGCCCUACAACCACAGACAGUGGCUUGGACACCUGUUCCAAAGCCACCUCCAGAGAAGACUUGUCUGACUUGGAACAAUGCAACUCAUCUGCAGCUGCUGCUACCACUCUGUCUGGGACUGAAUCUGGCUCUCUGGAUGCACAGUCUGAAAUUGGACCAGCUCAAUCAGCCUCAGUGGAGUCUAUCCCAGAGGUUCUGGAGGACAAAGAAUCCAUGACAGAGCAGUCAGACAACACCUCUGUCCAUGACAUGGACUAUGUCAACCCCCGAGGAGUCCGUUUCACCCAGUCCACACAAAGAGAUGGAGCAUCGCUCAUCCCUUAUGGCCUGCCAUGUCUAAGGGAGCUUUUUCGCUUCCUGAUCUCGCUGACCAACCCCCAUGACCGCCACAACACUGACGCCAUGAUGCACAUGGGCUUGCAGCUUCUGACUGUAGCCCUUGAGUCGGGACACAUUGCUAACUACCAGUCUUUACUAGGACUGGUCAAAGAUGAGCUCUGCAGACAUCUCUUUCAGCUGCUGAGUGUGGAUCGUAUGAACUUAUACGCUUCAUCCAUACGAGUUUGCUUCUUGCUUUUUGAAAGCAUGAGGGUACAUCUGAAGUUUCAGCUUGAGAUGUACCUGAAGAAACUGAUGGACAUUAUCACGUCAGAGAACAUUAAGAUGCCCUAUGAGAUGAAGGAGAUGGCUCUGGAGGCACUGGUCCAGCUGUGGAGGAUCCCUAGCUUUGUCACUGAGCUCUACAUCAACUAUGACUGUGACUUCUACUGCUCGAAUCUGUUUGAGGACCUCACUAAGCUGCUGUCAAAGAAUGCAUUCCCGGUGUCAGGACAGCUCUACACCACCCACCUCCUGUCACUGGAGGCUCUGCUCACAGUGAUUGACAGCACUGAAGCUCACUGCCAGGCCAAGGUGGUCAACAGCACUGCUCAACAAGACCAGUCAGAAACUGCACUGCUGGCAGAGGGAGAAGGUUCAACCAACAACGGAACAGACACUUCAGCUGAUCUGAAUAGACUUGUUAGUACCAAUGGUCUGAAUCUCGCGCAAGCUGAGGAUAUACCAGUGUGUCCACCAACCAGUGGGCAUCAGAUGGCAGAGAAGAUGAGACUAGGUAGACAGGACCAAGGAGAUAGUGACAUUGCUGAGAAGAGACUCCAGAAAAAACCACAACGUUUCUCAUCAUAUUUACCUGAUUCCCAAGAAUUGAUGGAAAUUAGAACAAAGAAAAAGUUGCUGAUAACAGGCACAGAGCAGUUUAAUCAGAAGCCCAAGAAGGGAAUCCAGUUCCUGCAGGAGAAAGGCCUCCUCAGUAACCCCAUGGACAACAACCAGGUAGCCCAGUGGCUCAGAGAAAACCCCAGACUGGACAAAAAAAUGAUUGGCGAGUACAUCAGUGAUCGCAAGAACAUGGAGCUCCUGGACAGCUUUGUAAAUACAUUCACCUUCCAGGGGCUUCGUAUUGAUGAGGCCCUGCGGCUCUACCUGGAGGCCUUUAGACUGCCUGGAGAGGCUCCUGUCAUCCAGAGACUCCUGGAAACCUUCACAGAUAACUGGCAUAAGGUGAAUGGCUCUCCUUUCAUGACCAACGAUGCGGGCUUUGCGUUGGCCUAUGCUGUCAUAAUGCUGAACACUGACCAGCACAACCACAAUGUCCGCAAGCAGAACAUCCCCAUGACUCUAGAGCAAUUCAAGAAAAAUCUGAAGGGAGUUAAUGGAAACAAAGACUUCGACCAGGACAUGUUGGAAGACAUCUACACCGCUAUCAAGAGUGAGGAGAUUGUGAUGCCAGAUGAGCAGACAGGGCUGGUGAAAGAGAACUACGUAUGGAGUGUCUUGCUACACCGUGGUGCCACACCUGAGGGUGUUUUCCUCCACCUGCCACCUGGAAGCUACGACCAUGACUUGUUCACCAUGACGUGGGGCCCGACCAUCGCUGCUCUCUCUUAUGUGUUUGACAAGAGCUUGGAUGACAACAUCAUCCAGAAGGCCAUCACUGGCUUCAGGAAAUGUGCAAUGAUAGCUGCUCACUAUGGCUUCAGUGAUGUUUUCGACAAUUUGAUCAUCUCUCUGUGCAAGUUCACCACUCUGAGCAGUGAGUCUGUGGAAAACCUUCCUACAGUGUUUGGCAGCAACAGUAAGGCACAGACAGCAGCCAAGACAGUGUUUGACCUCGCCCAUCGGCAUGGCAACAUCCUGAGGGAGGGCUGGAAGAACAUCAUGGACUCCAUGCUGCAGCUGUUCAGAGCUGAGCUCUUGCCCAAAGCCAUGGUCGAGGUGGAGGAUUUUGUGGAGCCAAACGGGAAGAUUUCUCUUCAAAGAGAGGAAACACCUUCAAAUCGUGGUGAGUCAGCAGUACUGAGUUUUGUCAACUGGUUGACGCUAAGUGGAGCUGAGCAGUCAGGACUCAGAGGACCAUCCACAGAAAACCAGGAGGCCAAGCAGGCUGCUAUCCUCUGCAUAAAGCUAUGUGACCCAGAAAAGCUGAUCACAGAGAGCAAAUUCCUGCAGCUGGAGUCUCUACAGGAGCUAAUGAAGGCUCUGAUAUCAGUCACCCCAGAUGAAGAGACCUAUGAUGAAGAGGAUGCUGCCUUCUGCUUGGAGAUGUUGCUGCGUAUAGUUCUGGAGAACCGAGAUCGUGUGUCGUGUGUGUGGCAGACCGUGCGUGACCACCUCUACCACCUUUGUGUCCACGCCAAUGAGAGCUGCUUCCUGGUGGAAAGGGCGGUGGUGGGACUCCUUCGACUCGCAAUCCGCCUGCUGAGACGAGAAGACAUCAGCUCUCAGGUUCUCCUCUCCCUGCGUCUCCUGCUGAUGAUGAAACCUCCUGUGUUGUCCAGGGUCAGCAGAGAGGUGGCUUAUGGCCUUCAUGAGCUGCUGAAGACUAAUGCAGCCAAUAUCCACUGCACAGACGACUGGUACACACUCUUCUCCCUGCUGGAGUGCAUCGGAGCUGGAAUCAAACCUCCUGCUUCUUUCCAGAUUGCCUCCAGCACAACUGAAAAUGACACAGGAGCCCAGUCAGAUAGUGAGCUGCCACCUCAUCAUCUCAGUGAAGUGAGCAUAGACCGUGGCUAUACUUCUGACUCAGAGGUCUACACUGAGCACAGCAAGAACAGGAUCCCUCGCUCCACAACAGACGUCGAUGUGGCCAGCAGUGGAUGGCUCAUGGUGGGAAAGGAUGACCUGGAGAUGAGUAAAACCCCUCUGGUCAGCUCUAAAGUUCAGCUGAAUCACCCGUUGGUUAACCAGUACAGUCUGACGCUGGGGCAGGAUCUGGGCCAGCAUGACACCAAGUCUCUCAUCAAAUGUGUGGAAACGCUCUCUUUCAUCGUCCGUGAUGCUGCCCACGUCACUCCUGACAACUUUGAGCUGUGUGUUAGAGCUAUACGAGUGUUUGUGGAGGCCAGCCUCAAUGGAGGUUACCGCAACCAUGACAAGAAGAAAAGCCACAAGUAUGACUCCUCCAAGUCAAGGAUGAGGAAGAAGGCAGGAGGAAAGGAAAAGGAGGGUGGAGGUGGUACGAGGCGCGGUGGCAGCCGUGUAACCAGCCAGCGUCCAUCACGUUCCCACAGCGAUGAUGAGGAGGACGAGGGUGUCCCAGCUAGCUACCACACGGUGUCAUUACAGGUUAGUCAGGACCUGUUAGACCUGAUGCACACACUGCACACCCGGGCUGCCAGUAUCUACAGCUCCUGGGCAGAGGAGCAGCGCCAUCUGGAGGCUGCAGGCAGGAAGAUCGAGGCCGACUCCCAGACUCUUUGGACCAGCUGCUGGUGUCCGCUGCUGCAAGGCAUUGCUUGGCUGUGUUGCGAUGCCAGGCGACAGGUCCGUAUGCAGGCCCUCACAUACCUCCAGAGGGCACUGUUGGUGCACGAUCUGCAGACACUUGACGCAACUGAGUGGGAAUCCUGCUUCAAUAAGGUGCUUUUCCCCCUGCUGACUAAGCUGCUUGACAAUAUCAGCCCAGCAGAUGUGGGUGGUAUGGAGGAGACCAGGAUGAGAGCCUGCACACUCUUGUCAAAGGUUUUCCUCCAGCACCUCUCUCCUCUGCUCUCCCUGCCAACCUUUGCUGCCCUCUGGCUCACCAUUCUGGAUUUCAUGGACAAGUACAUGCAUGCAGGAUCCAGUGACUUGCUGUUGGAGGCAAUCCCCGAGUCUCUGAAGAACAUGCUGCUGGUUAUGGACACUGCUGGGAUCUUCCACAGCGCUGACUCCAGGACAGGAUUCUCAGACUUGUGGGAAAUAACCUGGGAACGAAUCGUCUGCUUCCUGCCUCACCUGAGGGAGGAGCUGUUCAAACAGACCGUCAUACCAGAUCCAGUACUCAGUCCUCCAGCAGAGCCUGUGCAGCCAACACCCCAAGCAGGUCGGCCCCCAUCCCCUCAAGCAUCUCCACCGCCUGCCCAGCUGCCCCCUUCAGUCCCAGUUCCAGUUACCCCUGCAGAGACACAAACCCCCAGCAGGCCAGCAUCACCACAGGAGUCCCAACCGACCAGUGCCAACGGAUCAGACCGAUCGUCUCCGGUGCCGCCAUCCAUUCCCCCCAUGCCCAUGCCCCUGACGGCGUCCCCUGCACAGGGUCCUUCACCCUUGAGCCAGUCCCCCCUCAUCCUGCAGCCCCUCGCCUCUCCCCUGCAGGUGGGUGUCCCGCCCAUGUCCCUGCCAAUCAUCCUGAACCCCGCCCUUAUUGAAGCCACAUCCCCUGUACCGCUGCUUCCAAGUCCGAGACCUACGAGCCCUUCUGACGAGGUCAAGUAAGAGAAGUCAGCAUCUCCCGUUUAACAACUGGACCCAACAGACCUCAGCUUAACGCCAACAUUUGCUUGUGCCCCGGUUCUUUAAAAAAGAUGUAAUAUGUACGAGAAGAGAAAUAACAUGUGACACCUCAACUGUACCGCGUUUAAUUUCGAGGAAAACUCCCCUUAAACAUGUGACGCUGUUACACCACUUGUUGGUGCACGUUACGCUCUUUGGCCUAUUUAUGUGAUUAGCAUAUUCUUCUUCCAGCAUUUUUAAACUCAGACUCACAUCAGAUAUAUUUUAGACCAACACAACUAAAUAAAUUAAAUAGAAAAUAAAGAAAAUCCAGUAAUUCCCCCGCCACAGUUUCUUCGGAGUGUAAGGUGUUACCAUCAGACCUGAGCCCAUCGGUUUCUAUAUUUAAAAAGCCCCUCACAAAUAUAUAAUGUUUCAGAAGGCUCAGUCUUUCCCUAAACCAGCUGCUCGACUUAGUUUUUAACAGUUGUUACUCAAACAGGAAGAAAAAGCGCAUUUGUUAGGGACUUUUUUCAAUGCUCGAUGUUCUAGUUAGCACUUUGGGCAGCAGGACAGCAUAUGUGUGACGAAAUAGUCUAAAUAAACUACACUGGUGGCACACAGGAAGAAGCCACACAGGGUGUAUCCACACACACACACACACACACACACACACACACACACACACACACACACACACACACACACACACACACACACACACGAUACUCGGUGUCGUGAUUUCAUUGACGGCCCUGCUUUGAACACUUUGUUCUAAAAAAGGCAUCCAGGAUGAACUUUGUGUCACAGAUUGAUUAAAUCCUUUGCAGCAGUUUCCAUAUGUGAGGAUGCAGUUCCUGUUAUUAUCAACAUCAGGUUUGUGGGGGUUUUUUUAGAACGCUGGGUGUCGAAACACAGGAGCCUGAUGUCACGAUCAAAAGUGUAGUAUGAAAGAUUGGAAUACUGCCAGCACCAUGUUCUCCCAUCAAAUCAUAUGAAGUUUUCUGUAGAAACAGGAUGCGCAAUGUUUUGUUUUGGUUUUGUUUUCUUUGCUUUUUGAACUUGAUCAGACCGAGCUGACCUCACGGCUCGGUUCACAACACCUGUGCUUCAUAUUGAUGUAAACAAUUUAGGGAGGAGGGACAGUAAAGGAUCCCCACACGUUAAGUCAUAUGGAUUUUAGGUACUGCAUGAUGUUGAAUAGAUUCAAUUUCCAGAGCUCUGACUUCAGACAGAUGUCCCAGAGAUCUUAAGAUCCACUCCACAGGGAUCAGAGUCUGACUGCAAACUGACCAGUUAAAUGACUUGAUUUAUAUCAUUUCCAACAGCCCAAACGCAUUUGUUGGCCUGGAACAGCCAAAGGAAGAGACACUGUUCGCUUCUACCCAUUUCUUUUCAGUUUUGCCCCUGAAGCUUUGAUUUUUGGACACCUCAUGAAUUCACUAAAUAAAGAGGGAGCGUGUGCACGUGAAGGAGAUGUCAUAUCUACAACAUUCCAAAAUGUAGUGCAGUCAGCCUGCUGCAUUGUAUGGCGGACAGUUAGAGAUCCAAAUAAUGACUUUUAUGGUUUGUGUUAAGUCUAAGAAAUAAGAGUUCAGUAUUGAUGUAAUGGUAUCAUGUUUGUGGAGCGCACUGUUGAUUAAUCCUCAGGGCCUGAGGGGCUUUCUGGCAGCACUGGGUUACCCGUCACCACAUCACAGGGAGGACUAUGGAAGCUGAUUGUAGCAAACAAAAACAAAAAAGCUUAACACCAUUGUUCAUUUUAAGGAUUACUGAAUUCACAUUUUAAUUCUCAUCGAAAAGCAUUAUUAUAGCAUCGAAAUGAAACUACUCAUCUCUGUUUUGGUAGCUUGAAUUUUUUCGAGCCCUGCAAAGGGGUACGGAGCACACCUCAUCUUUACUCUUGUUCAGUGGGACUGUUAAAAAGCAUCACAAGAACUCAGGCGUUAGCAGUUUGGCUCAUUUGUACUGUUCUGAUAGCAAAACCUGUGCGUCUCAGACCCGGGACUGAUCGGAGCAUCUGGAUAAAAUUUCAAAUUUAUCAUCUGGGAACCAUGGUAACACAUGCGUGUCAGCCUGUGAGUGCAGGGAUUUUUCCUGACACAUCAGGUUAAGAGAGAGAAGUGUUGGCCACCCACUAUUACCUCAUAAUGUUGCAGUACAAGAUUUCUUUCUGCUAUUUAUCUGUUUGGCCCUGUUUAUAACAUACCACAUCCCAUAUGGUCUUUUUUUUAAUCUGACUUCAAAUCAAAGUGCCAUGUUGUAGUACUUUUAGGUUUAGUGGUGUUGACAUUUCACAAUCAGGUGUUCAGUUGCUACAGUUUGCUUCCGUAGAAAACUGCUGGCGUUGUUGCACGCUUGCGCCUUGUGUACGACGCCACGGGUGCCGUCUAAUCGGCUACGUUAAGGAGCUACAGUGUGGACCGAAAGCUUCACCUCCAUUCAGAGUGGCCCUGGGAUUCUCUAACUGAUGUUUAAUGUUAUUUAUUGAGUUGGGAAAGAGAACGCUGACUUUUUCCACUGCAGUACUGUUGACAUAGAUACAGAGUGUGUAUGUCAGUCAGGUUACACUACAGCCUUAUACAUCCACCAACAUGACAUUCUGUAAACUGUGUUUUAUUGUACCGGACUCUUAAAUAUAUCAGGAGCUGAUUCUUGCUUGAACAGGAAAAUUAACAUGAAUAUAAUGUGUAUAUAUAAAUGAAAGGUAAAGUACUUUUUACUAUGUAAUAAAUAUAAUGUAAAAAUAGUA